AUGAAGGACUGGCGGCCCAACUUGGAUUUGGAUGACAAAGACUCAGGAAGAAACAAUGAUAUCAACAUAAAUGACGAUUCACUGCCAGGGGACUUGCAGACGGGAGAACAAGGAAAUGAGGAUGCAAACAUGACAGGCGCGCCCAAUUCUCAGACUAAAAGUAAUGAUAACAAUAUUGCUCAUCAACUAGCGGGUCAGGAGUUUUGCAUGGAAGAAUAUCCACAGAUCAAUGAGACAAUUGGCUAUAAUACAUACAACCCCAAAGGCAAUACAUUGGACAAUGAUGACUGUUUGCACUACUCUUGCGGCAGCUGGUACUGGGUUGCCACACCCCUCCCUUCUCCACCGUUGCCUCCACCCAAGCAUGAGAGCGGUCUCUCAGAGCCUGACAAUGAUGGAUUCCAGAACGUUGACGCCAAGGACUAUUGGGAAUACAAACAAUGGUACGCGGAGGAUAACAUAUAUGAAGACUCAGAGAUGCUUGCCAAGACACUGACCAAUGAGGAGGUUGAUAGCAUCAUCAUGCUAGCAAUCCAACAGUUUGGAAGUGUUACACAGAACAACUAUGAACAAAUUUGA